UAGGAACAAAGUAAAUUUAAUUAAAUAAAUGGAUUAACAUUUUUGAAAAUAAAAACUGCAAGCAUUCAAGGAUAAAAAAUAUAUAACACGUGGACUAUUAAACCAAGAAGAUAUACUCUGCAGGAUAAAAAAUAAAAUAAAACUAAAAUAUCAAGAAGUGAAACGUAGAAAAAACAGCAACCAGAUGUUUUUCAACGCACCAACUUUGCCAAUGACGAACAGUAGUUAAUGUCGGAUUAUAUUUAAGUAAAAGGAUUUUUCCAUUUAGAUACUGUUACCAGCGAGAGCAGCAGCAAUGACAUCAUUUAUAACGGAAAAAAUCAAAAUAUUCUUAAAUAACACAUCAGCAAAAAUCACAUAAUUUUAUACAUCGCAUUAUAUUAUUUUUCAUUUGCUGUGAUUUAUCAUCUCAACCAGCCAUUGAAGCGAAAACGAAGAAAAAAAGAAAAAAAUCAACAACUGCAACAAAUCCAACAUAACCUUAAUUUAAUUGAGGUUAUGUUGAAAACCCUCAUUCAUACUACAACUCGAAAUACUGGUAACACUUUGAGUCUUCUACAAAACUUUUCCAAGGGAAAAAACUGAGAAGCUAAAGCAACACAUCAACUUUUUAUGAAUAUAAUAAAAAUUCAGCAAAAAAGGAAUUUGAAAUUAAAACGUCGACUACUAUACAUCACCACCAUCUACACAUUUAAACAUCACUGUUAAUUACGUCAUUACUUUCAACCUCGUCAUCAUCCAUAAACUGAAAUAAAAUGAAAUGAUUCAUAAGCUGUGACUACGUUACCGUUCUUCUUCGACUCUUUUUUUUAUAAACGACUUUUGCAACCAAAUAAAUUUGCGAAAAAUAACGUAAAUAAAAUAAAUUAAAAAAGCUUUUCCUUGCGCCCUCCAAAACAAACUUUUUCAAUACUUGGCACUUUUUUAUGUAAAUUUUUUAUUGAGAAAAAAAGAAGAGAAAGAAAACAAACCAACAAAUCAUCUUACAACAAACCAGAGGUUUUCUUUUUUACGGCUUAAUUAUAAUAACAACAACAAAAACAAAAAAAAAAACAACUUGACUGAUAGUUUAUAUUAAUUAUUAUAUUAUAAAUUUAACUUUUUUAUAUAAGCUUAAGCCUGAACGAAACAAAACGAAUUACAACAAGAACAAUUUUUACUAGCUGAAUUCCUUACAACAAAAUUAAACAACAACAACAACAAAACGUAACUUUAAAAAAAAAAAAUUCUUCUUUGUCUCGAAACCAGUGAUCUCCAGUUACAAAAGAAAAUUAACAAAAAACAAAAAUACAAAUCUAAAGCUUCAAUUUCUUCAUCAUAAUGCUUAAGAAAAUAAUUAUUUUAUAUUUAUAAAGCUGCUUUGUUUUUUUUUUGUUGUAAAUAUAAGAAUUUUUUCUUAAUUAAAUGCUGCUUUUUCUACUUCAAACUGUCUACUUCCUUCUGCAAAACUGAGAAAAAUAAAGAAAAACAAAAACAAACAACAAAAAAGAGAAGCAUUUAACAACUCCAACUUUACAUUUAAUUUUUAUAUAUUUAUAUAAAAAAAACAACUAAGGAUUAAAUAAAAAAAUAAUCACACUGUAAAAUUUACACUCCACCUACUCCCUGUUUGAGAGUUUAAAAACAAAAACAAACAAUCAAACAUACAACAUACAACUCCUUCUCCUUUAACACACCUACAACAACUGUCUCAACAUUAAUUGCAAUUGCAACUACAUUUUGCCAUUGUGUUGGUGUUUUGGUGUGAGAGUUAGUGAGUUUGUGUCUUUGGGGUGUGAGUGAUAGAGUGUGUGCGUGCGAGUGCAUCUAACAACUUGUCUAACAAUGGGGAACAAAUGCUGCAGCAAACGUCAGGACCAGGAACUAGCUCUUGCUUAUCCAACCGGCUAUAAAAAGUCCGAUUAUACAUUUGGUCAAACACACAUUAACAAUACGGGCCAGAAGCAUAAUAAUGGCGGUUCAUUGGAUUCCCGCUAUACACCCGAUCCAAAUCGUGUUCCCUUGAAAAUUGCUGCUAAGAGUGGAGUGGAUAUAAUAAGGCCGCGAACAACGCCAACCGGCGUACAGGCAGCUGUUGCUGGUGGUAUCCCUAAACGACGUGUCGUUGUGGCUUUAUACGAUUAUAAAUCACGUGAUGAGUCUGAUUUGAGUUUUAUGAAAGGCGACCGUAUGGAGGUAAUCGAUGAUACCGAAUCGGAUUGGUGGCGUGUAGUUAAUUUGACUACAAGGCAAGAGGGUUUGAUACCUUUAAAUUUUGUAGCCGAGGAGCGAAGUGUGAAUAGUGAAGAUUGGUUCUUUGAAAAUGUUUUGCGCAAAGAGGCCGACAAAUUGUUAUUGGCGGAGGAGAAUCCACGAGGAACAUUUUUGGUAAGACCCUCGGAACAUAAUCCAAAUGGUUUUUCAUUAUCUGUUAAAGACUGGGAAGAUGGUCGUGGCUAUCAUGUUAAACAUUAUCGUAUAAAACCCUUAGAUAAUGGCGGCUACUAUAUAGCCACCAAUCAAACGUUCCCCUCCCUACAAGCUCUAGUUAUGGCCUACAGCAAAAAUGCUUUGGGUCUCUGCCAUAUACUGUCACGACCUUGUCCCAAACCACAACCACAAAUGUGGGAUUUGGGUCCAGAAUUGCGGGAUAAAUAUGAAAUACCACGUUCAGAAAUUCAACUAAUACGUAAAUUAGGUCGCGGCAACUUUGGCGAAGUAUUUUAUGGUAAAUGGCGUAAUAGCAUUGAUGUUGCUGUUAAAACACUACGUGAGGGCACAAUGUCGACAGCUGCCUUCCUGCAAGAGGCUGCCAUAAUGAAAAAGUUUCGUCAUAAUCGUUUGGUUGCACUUUAUGCGGUUUGUUCACAGGAAGAACCCAUUUACAUUGUUCAAGAAUACAUGUCUAAAGGCAGCUUACUAGAUUAUCUACGCGAAGGCGAUGGACGCUAUUUACACUUUGAAGAUCUCAUCUAUAUUGCUACACAGGUUGCCUCCGGUAUGGAAUAUCUGGAAUCGAAACAACUAAUACAUCGUGAUUUGGCAGCUCGUAACGUUCUAAUAGGCGAAAAUAAUGUAGCGAAAAUAUGUGAUUUCGGUUUGGCGCGCGUCAUAGCGGACGAUGAAUAUUGUCCGAAACAGGGUUCCCGCUUCCCAGUCAAAUGGACAGCACCGGAGGCCAUUAUAUAUGGUAAAUUUUCAAUAAAAUCCGAUGUCUGGUCAUAUGGUAUACUGCUCAUGGAAUUAUUUACAUACGGACAAGUGCCAUAUCCUGGUAUGCAUAGUCGUGAAGUCAUUGAGAAUAUUGAACGUGGCUUCCGUAUGCCAAAGCCGACAAAUCAUUAUUUCCCCGAUAAUAUUUAUCAUCUGUUGUUGCAAUGUUGGGAUGCGAUACCGGAGAAGAGACCAACGUUUGAAUUUUUAAAUCAUUACUUUGAAUCGUAUUCGGUGACGUCUGAGGUGCCCUAUCGAGAGGUGCAAGAUUAGGAUAAGUUUAUAAAUAUUCAAUAUUUAGGUAUAAUACUUUAAGUUCUUUAUAUAUACAUAUAUACACAUAUAAAUAUUUACAUACAAAAAAAAAAAAAACAAAAACAUAAACAAAU